CGGUCGCUCUGUCCUCUGACAGGACCCCCCCAGCCAGGUGGAUGGUUCCGAGGCACCGGCCCUUCCGGACGUGGCCCCCGCUGGUGGUGCAGAGACUCACCGAGUCUCUGGAGAGAAAUGGAUGGGAGAGCGAGGCCCUCUACAGAGCCCCCCCUGCCUCCUCCGGACCCCCAGAGCUACGGCAAGCCUUAGACACAGAUCCCGCCUUGGUGGACCUCAUGCAGUAUGAGCUUCCCGUUCUGGCCGACACGUUGAGGGGAUACCUGCAAGAUCUUCCAUCCCCGGUCGUCCCAGCUACCAUCUACAGCGAGCUGGUCUAUGCGGCUCAAGAGACCCCGGCCGUCGAGGAGUGCGGCCAGCAGCUCCGUAGGAUCCUCUACUCCCCCAGCAUCCCUCACGCCAACCAGCAGCUCCUGCUGCACCUGACACGGCAUCUGUGCAAGGUGGCGCAGGCCCCCGGUGCCGCCGGGCCACGGCUGCUGGGACACGCCUUCGGCGACCUGCUCUUCCGACGUUGCGUCUCAAGCACCGACAUGAACCCAGAGCACCACGUGAAGAUCGUCGAGGCCCUGCUGGUGGCCGGGGGCCUGGUGGAGAUGCUGGCUGCCCCAGCUCUUCCCCCCAAAGCGACCAAGCCCAUGACACCCAUCAACAGCAACGGCGUGAAGGACGCCCCCAGCAGUUCACUCAGGACGCCGAGGUGGUACUGGGGUGACAUAUCGAGGGAGGAGGUCAAUGAUAAGCUCCGGGACAUGCCAGACGGCACCUUCCUGGUUCGUGACGCCUCCACCAAAAUGCAGGGGGACUACACACUAACACUGAGGAAAGGUGGCAACAAUAAGCUGAUAAAGAUCUACCAUCGGGACGGAAAAUAUGGCUUCUCCGACCCAUUGACCUUCAGCUCCGUGGUGGAGCUGAUCAGCCACUAUCGCCAUGAGUCCUUGGCCCAGUACAACACCAAGCUGGACGUAAAGCUCAUGUACCCUAUAUCCCGCUACCAGCAGGAUCAGCUGGUGAAAGAAGACAAUAUCGAUGCUGUUGGGAAGAAGCUUCAGGAAUAUCAUAGUCAGUAUCAGGAGAAGAGCAAGGAGUACGACAGACUAUACGAGGAGUACACAAAGACCUCCCAGGAAAUCCAGAUGAAAAGGACCGCAAUUGAGGCCUUCAACGAGACCAUCAAGAUCUUCGAGGAGCAGUGUCACACGCAGGAGCGCUACAGCAAAGAGUACAUCGAGCGCUUCCGAAGGGAGGGGAACGACAAAGAGAUUGAGAGAAUCAUGAUGAACUAUGAGAAGCUCAAGUCACGCCUGGGCGAAAUCCAUGACAGCAAAGUCCGCCUGGAGCAGGACCUGAAGACGCAGGCGUUGGACAACAGGGAGACGGACAAGAAGAUGAACAGCCUGAAGCCAGAUCUCAUUCAGCUGCGCAAGAUCAGGGACCAGUACCUUGUCUGGCUGAACCACAAAGGUGUGCGUCAGAAGCGCAUCAACGACUGGCUCGGCAUCAAGAACGAAAAUGCUGAAGAGGCUUAUUUUUCGACGGAGGAGGACGAGAAUCUGCCACACCAUGACGAGAAGAGCUGGUUCGUGGGUGAUCUAAACCGCACGCAGGCCGAGGACCUUCUGCUGGGCAAACCGGACGGCGCCUUCCUCAUCCGCGAGAGCAGCAAGAAGGGCUGCUAUGCCUGUUCUGUGGUGGUGGAUGGGGAGGUGAAGCACUGUGUGAUCUACAGCACAACGCGCGGAUUCGGCUUCGCCGAGCCCUACAACCUGUACGGCAGCCUGAAGGAGCUGGUGCUUCACUAUCACCAGACGUCACUGGUCCAGCACAAUGACUCCCUGAACGUACGGCUGGCUUACCCCGUCUACGCACAGAUGCCAUCCCACCACAGAUGAGCUUGGGUCCAGACACAUGCACGCACAGUCAGGAAGAAAAGC